AUGGCAGACUCGAAAUUGGCAUUGAAAGGGUCGAGCAAGAUUGUGUGUGACUACUUCGAGUUCUCCAUCAACAACAUCCUUUUCCAACGAGGAAUCUACCCAGCUGAUGACUUUCAGACUGUUAAGAAGUACGAUUUACCCUUGCUAGUCACCAUCGAUGAGGAUAUCAAGAACUACAUUAACCAGUUCUUAUCACAGAUUAAGCGGUGGGUAUACGGCACUAAGUUACAGAAGUUGAUUUUGGUGAUAAUAGACAAACAGACGGCUGAGCCGGUUGAACGGUGGGAGUUCAAUUUAGAGGUGGUGGAAGGAGAUAACCAAUCGGAGAAAUCUCGAGACGCAAUAAAGAAAGAAAUCCAGGCCAUUAUACGACAGAUCACUAGCUCGGCUACUUAUUUACCAGUGUUGGAUGGAGAGUUCACCUUCAACAUAUUGGUUUACACCGAACAAGAUGUGAAUAACAUUCCCAGCGAAUGGUGCGAUACUCAAGAUGAAAAGUUGGGGGACCAAUUCGAGUCUGUGGAUUUCAGUACGUUCAAGACCAGCCUUCAUUCGAUUGGCACCAAGGUUAGUUACAAGAUCGAUUAG